GGUAUGGAAUUGGGGAGAUUAUCUAUCUCCACGCACAGAGAAAAAUCUUGCUGCAAGGUGUGAAAGGGUUGAGCCUUACAGAAAUCACACUGCUGCCAUGUGUUGGGUUCUACUGCAUGUAAAGUGGCGUACUUCACAUGAGUGAUAAUUGGAGCAUAAUUCAGGUUCUUUGAGUUAUUCUUGUACCGUGAUGUCCCCACGUUUGAGCAGCUUAUGGAUUUGAAUUACUAAAUCUGGUUUGAGUCUCAUUAAAGUCAUAUCCAACCGUACAUGGAUGGUUAGAGCGGUAGAAAUGUUGAAUCUUCAUAUUUUUGCCUACUGCUUCAUCUGCAAAUGUCAUUGUCUGAACUUGUUGAUACGUCGUGGAGGGAUUGGCAUUGAUUAUCUGCACUUACGUUGCUAAAUAACCCAUUCAGACAAUGUUCAUCGAAUUUGUGGUUGAUUGCUAGUUUGCUACGGUAUUGGGAGAUGCUGGAAUAAGUGAUAUUUGAUCCUGUUGAAUUUUGGGUUUACAAUUGAAAAAGAUGUUAAAAUGGUCAUGCUUGGUUAGAAAUCUGAACAUAUUGAUCUCCUUUUGAGGUUCAUGAUCUCAAAAGUAGCUCAUUGCACAUAUCUGUUUGCAUAUUUGAAUUCUACAUUCUGUCGUAGGAAUUCAUAUCUUUGCUUCCCUGAUCGUACCUUCUUGGUUGCGAAUUGUUAACAAAAGAUGAGUGAAUUACACCGACAAAAUCGCCUUGUUGCAACCAUUUGCCGACCAUGAUUGCCUUCAUUUCUCUUGCGAAUGGGUCUUAAGUCCAUUUCUGGAACUGCGGCUCUACAGGGCCAGCCAUUUUGCACCACACCUUGUUCUUUAGCUGCUAAGAUGCUCUGAUCUGCAGCUUCUCAAGUCCUCUUGGCGAAAUGAGGUUCAACUCUGCCCAGUGGUGAUGAUGGUGGCGUCAACAUUGCAAUUUUUUCUGGGCCUAAUUCUACUCUACUCUAGCCGUUAAGCCGCGUGCUGAUUAAAACUGGCUGAAAUUUGAGAAAUAAGGGCUGUGUUUGGCAAAGCUUAUCACAUCGGGUGAUUAUAAGCUAAGCCACUAAUUAUGUUUGAUUGCAAGAGAGAGCAACCAACUACUCUCCUCAAUUCUCAGAUCUCAUUCUUCUUCUACUCGGGACCUCUCGAGCUUCAGCCAUGGACAAGUCCACCACUCUCGAUUACAUCAACCAGAUGGUCCCCACAGAAGAAUCGCUCACCGACGUCAAGCCGCUAAUGCAAAAGAUUCACAAUGAGAUUCUCCGCGUCGAUGCCAAAAUUCUAGCCGUCGUUCGUCAACAGAGCAAUUCAGGGACCAAGGCCAAGGAGGAUCUUGCUGCCGCAAGGCAAGAUGUGGAGGAACUCAUGUAUAAGAUCAGGGAGAUCAAAACGAAAGCUGAGCAGAGUGAGACUAUGGUUCAGGAGAUGUCGCGACAUUAAGAAGUUAGAUUUUGCAAAGAAGCAUAAAACCACGACGAUUACUACUCUUCAUCGGCUGACCAUACUAGGUUAGCUUAUGUAUUCAAUCUUUUAUGAUUUGAAUGAGUUUUUUCAGUACAAUGGCUUAGUCAUACAACGGUUUGGAGUGUAUUGACAUUACGUUUUCGUAUCUAGUUAGAUUAGAAGAGAUUUUAUAUUAUUCUGAGGAAGUCAUGUAAAGUUGAACUCAUUCUCAUCACAAUUCUUUAGUAGUCUUUGCUGUUGAACAUCUUCAAGUGAUGGAUUCCAAACGACAAUAUAAGGGGUCAGCUGCACAGUUGGAGGUAAUCUAUAUGCUUCCUAUGAUGUAAUUGUACUAUGGUCAUGAGGGGUACUUAUUACAUCCCCUAUUUCAGAGAGAAAUCUGUUUACA